AUGGGUGUGGUGAAGAGGACACACAGAGCCAGGUCCCCACCGGACCUGGAGGCGGUCAGCCCGCAGCGAGGGAUGGGCCAGGCUGCCCCCCUGCACGGCUGCCAGGGAGGAGAGGUGGGCGCACCUCUCCUGGCCCCUGGCGCCCCCUGUGCCAACAGCCUGAGGACCCCCAGUGACCAUGACCGCUGUCUGGGCCACAAGGACCAAGAGGCCAUGCGUGACAAUGAAGCCCCAAGACUGUCCCAGGAUCCACAGCAGAAACACGGUCUGGAAGGGCUCACCAAGACGAGGCGGGAGGGGGCGGCCCCCAGCCACCAGGCCCCCACCCCGGGCACAGGCAUCCCCCCGGGCUUUGGCAGGAAUGGAGCCCCGUGGAGCACGCCGCCCUCGGCCCUCAGCCCAGACACAUAUCAUGAGAGAGAGAAAAGUCGUCGGCUUCCCAGUGACACAAGCACGGCUGAGCGGCAGCUCCGGGCCACGCCGGCCCACGCCCCCAGCCCAGCACAGCACAGCCCCUGCCACCCUAGCAGCUCCCACUCGGCCGCACAGCCUGGGGCCCCGCAAACCCACCUGCCCACAAGCCCAGCUACAGCCAUGAGCACUCCCGUAGGAGGCCUCCGCUGGCAGGACCCUGUCCCUCUACAGGUCCCAGGAGACACGCUGUCCCCAGCUGUGAAGGCGCCGGUCACGCUAGCUGGCCCCAAGAGCCUGCAGGGUGGGCACCGCACUUACUUGGAAAAAUACAAAUUUGAGAAUGCAAAAACUUCAGAUUUUUGGGCAGCACUUGAAGGGGCAAGUAAUUUACCAGUGAAAGAGGUAAUGGACACUUGGACAGAACAGAUGGGCUAUCCUGUUCUUAAUGUGAAAGAUAUGAGGAACAUCACACAGAAACGUUCUCUGUUGGACUCAAGAGCUAAUUCUUCUCAGCCACAUUCAAUUCUUGGUUACACAUGGAAUAUUCCAGUUAAAUGGACUGAAGAUAAUGUAGCAAGUAUUACACUCUACAACAGGUCAGAAGCAGGAGGAAUCACUUUGAACUCUUCUAAUCCUAGUGGAAAUGCUUUUCUCAAAAUAAACCCAGAUCACAUUGGGUUUUAUCGCGUAAAUUAUGAAGUGCCAACUUGGAACUAGAUAGCUACCAAUCUUUCCUUCAACCACAAGGGCGUUUCUUCUGCUGAUCGUGCAAGUCUCAUUGAUGGUGCCUUUGCCUUGGCAAGAGCCCAACUUCUUGGUUAUAAGGUGGCUCUGAACCUUACCACGUAUCUCAGAACGGAAGAGGAUUUUUUACCAUGGCAGAGAGUCAUUUCAGCUAUAACUUAUACCAUUAGCAUGUUUGAGGAUGAUAAAGAACUAUACCCUAUGAUUGAGGAAUACUUCCGAGGUCAAGUGAAACCCACUGCAGAUUCUCUGGGAUGGAAUGAUACUGGAAACCACAUCAUCAAGUUACUCCGUGCCUCUGUGUUCGGGCUUGCAUGCAAGACGGGAGACAGAGAAGCCCUGGACAAUGCUUGCCGGUCAUUUGAGCGGCGGCUAACUGGGACUGUGAGGCUUCCUGUAAAUCUCAGGCUCCUGGUGUAUCGUCACGGAAUGCAGAACUCUGGGGAUGAGACUCCAUGGAACUACGUGCUUGAUCAAUACCAGAAAACUUCAUUAGCUCAAGAAAAAGAAAAACUUUUGUAUGGAUUAGCAUCAGUGAAGAAUGUUACUCUUUUGUCAAGGUAUCUGGACUUGCUCAAGGACUCAAACCUUAUUGAAACUCAGGAUGUGUUUACAGUCAUCCGAGAUAUUUCAUCUAACAGCUAUGGGAAGAACAUGGCCUGGAAUUGGAUACAGCUCAGCUGGGAAUAUCUAGUCAACAGAUAGAAAC